UGUUUCUUUUGAUUUGUAUUACUAAAAACGAGCACUAUCUCAAUUCUCCACAAGAAUGGAGUCCUCCAAUUCUGACACUCCGGUUUUUACCUUAAAAGUUGAUUUUGGAUGCUCAAUGGAAUGCCCAAGGGAUGUGAAGAACAUGUUGCAACAACUUAAGGGAGUGAAAUCUAUUUCCAUUGAUUCAAACCAAGGGAAGGUAAUAGUUGUAGGCCAUGUAAGUCCCGUGAUGCUAAUCAAGCUUCUUCAGAAGAUGGGAAGAAAGGCACAACUUUGGUCCUUUGACAAACCAACAAUGCACAACACCGGUGGCUUUUCUCCUAAGCAAAGACAGAAAUCACGGAAUUCGCAUUAUUGUUGUGAGAGUAGUGACUCCGGGGAAGAUUCCAAUACUGAUAUUUACAAUGGCCAUUUAUCUUGUAAACACAAAGAUCACAGGGCUCAGCGGCAUAAUAAAAAGAGCAAGAAAAGGUGUAGCUGUAAACAUAACCUACGUUUUGCUGAUGACUAUGCAGCACCACCAUCAUUUACAGGGUACCAACCACAACUGAUGCAAGGGUACCGACCAUACGCCGGAUAUCAACAACCGAUGCUAGGGUACCAACCAUACAUGGGAUACCAUUUACCAUUGCAGUACCAAUCUGUGGCAUAUGCAAGACCAGUCCCUAGCCAUGGUUACUAUAGGCAGGUUCAUCCUGUCCCAUCCAGUUACUGGCAUCCACGAUAUGGCUCGAGGUUUUUGGCUAAACAGAAUCCCAUGUUCCACUAUACCAGUUAUGCAGACAAUUACCACUAUCCUGUGUAGAUGCAAUAGUCAAAUACUCGUACGCUAUAUGUAUGGUUUAGUCCAGGAAAUUA